AUGUCGCUCGUUAACCUCGCACACGUCUGUUCACAUCUUUCGAACGCCAGCAAGGCUCGACUGGCUCUAACAUCUAUUCCAAACUCGAAUCUCCACCUCGCCCUUUCCAAUGCCCUUGUCGAGGCUGGGUUUUUAUCAUCCGUCGUUCGGGGAGGACCAACGCCGCCACCACAACAUAUGUUGCUGAAUAUACCUGCUGUCAAUGACGAACUACAGCCCAUCGAACCCGUUACCCAGGCCAAUAUCGCAUCAAGGAGACUAUGGCUGGGCCUCAAGUACUGGCAAAGUCAGCCAGUCCUUUCCAAACUAUCAAUGGUUAGCAAGCCUACUCGGCGGAUAUACGUAGAUACGGAAGCCUUGCGAGACAUUGUUAGAGGGUCGAAGAGCCGCACAAUCGCCGGGCUCAGGAACCCCGGUGAAUGCCUGUUCUUGAGUACAGAUUGUGGAAUUCUAGAGUCCCGGCAGUGCGUUGAGAAGAAAAUCGGUGGCUUGGUGCUCUGUCGUGCUGUUUAG